UUCUGCUCUCUUUUCAACUCCAAAACACCUUCGUUUCUGUUAUCACCAUGUCUAGGCUAUCGUCUACAUAUUCUCGAGUGGCCGUGUUUCUAGUCCGAGCUUUGGCUAAACACCGAGGACGCAUCGCCUCAAAUCCAGAUGAAGUACUCUACAUUAAAUCCAGAGACUGCCACAGAUCAAUCAAAGUACAUAUCUACCAACCCCUCGCCAAACUCCCGGAAAAGCCAUCUCCCGUGUUGAUCAACUUUCACGGUAGUGGGUUCGUGAUACCUUUCCACGGCAGCGACGAUGCUUUCUGUUGUCAAAUCAGCAACCAAACAUGCUACACGGUCCUUGACGUCCAAUACCGUCUGGCUCCCGAACACCCUUUCCCCGCCGCCAUAAAUGAUGCCGAAGAUAUCGUCAACUGGGUACUAGGACGACCGACUGAGUUCGAUAUCUCGCGGGUUGCCAUCUCCGGCUUCAGUGCCGGCGGUAACAUCGCCUUGGCUACUGCUUCUACUAUUUUCCCCAAGCAAACGUUUUCUUCGGUCUUGGCUUUCUACCCGAUCGUUGAAGCUUUCGUGGACCCCGAUGCCCUAGUUGCCCCCGAUCCGAACGGUCGACCUAUCCCCUCAUUCAUCAUGCGGUUAUUCACCCAGUGCUAUGUGCCUCCCGGGUUUGAUCCUCGCGAUCCUCGGAUUUCGCCUGGUCGUGCCAAUCUGGACUGCUUUCCUCAACGUGUGAUGAUCAUAACCGCUGCCUGUGAUAGCCUGGCGGUUGAGGCCGAGAAUCUGGCUGCUCGACUGCGGGAUUCAUCGGGACGGAAAGUUGUGUGUGAGCGGAUGAAGAAGUGCAAUCAUGCAUGGGACAAGGCGGUUCGACCUCGAACGUAUGAAAGGGAGGCUACAGAGCAUGUGUAUGCCCUGGCGAAGGCUAUGUUGGAGUCUUGAACUUAUUUCAUGGCUGGUAUCGUCUUAGACUGUUUUGAACUCUUGGGGCGGGAAAGUGCCAGGCUCUGACUUAAUGAUCCCACCAGAGAGAGAGUUGUUACCUCAGCUCUCCGGCUAAAGAGCAGAGUUCUAAGCUCGACAGUCUAAAAAGCGCAUCACUUAUUUCUGGAAAGAAUCUGCAGUGUGAAU